GUCUUAUUUAAUUUAAAAAUCUUAGAGAUGAGAAAUAAUGAUAAGUGGCGGACAAAGGAGGUUUUAGGCAAAGAGAAGGAGAAUGCUGGUUCUUCGCGCUCCCACGGGACCUGUCUCCGCCGCCAGAUUCAUCACCAAACCCAACCCUCGUAUUCCUUCUCCGGAUCCAUGGCUCGGACUGGUUCCCUCCGCUAACACUCGCCGUCGGCGACGCGUCGUCCUCACUCUCUCUAACUCUGACUCAAAUGGAAGCGUAAAAUCCGCCACACCUCCAUCUACAGGGGACGACACAGUCUUCGUCGGGCAAGAGAAUGUUCCGCUCGAAGGCGUUAUUCAAUUCGAUAAACCAAAGGCAGAUGCUUCAAUCAAGAAAUGGGGCCGUGUGGCUUUACUUGCUGGUGGGGAUGUUUUGGCUUUGCUUAUCUUCUCUGCAAUUGGGAGAUUCAGCCAUGGAUUCCCUGUGUUUAGCUCCGACACUCUUCACACAGCUGACCCUUUCAUUGCUGGAUGGUUUCUGAGUGCUUAUUUCUUGGGAGGAUAUGCGGAGGAAGGGAGAGGAAUGAAGGGUCAGUCAAAAGCUGUGGUAGCAGCCGCUAAAUCUUGGGCUCUCGGUGUUCCGCUUGGGGUGAUCAUAAGGUCAACCUCGUCAGGCCACAUCCCAUCUUAUAGCUUUAUCUUGGUGACAAUGGGAAGUACUGCUGUUUUACUUAUUGGGUGGAGAGCACUAUUAUUCAGUGUGCUUCCUUCAGAGUCAAAGAAGAAAGAUGAUACAUAUCGAAAAGGCAGCGCAUUCGAACUAUUUGAGUUGCUUACUUCAUUAAUAAGACGGUGGUAAUGGAGCUUCGCAUCCAUGAACAUACGGGCGGAUGGGAAGUUCAUAUUCUAUAUGCAUAUAUCUCAUCCUGUCAGCAGAGGAUAUAUUUGAAAAGUUCCAGGACCAACUGUAAUAUUUAUAUAUAGUUGCAGUGAGCGAUGUCAUUACUUGUGCCAGGCAAUUCUUACCUGUUGUCCCAAACAAUUUCUAUAAUGUAUGAAUCCUCGAAAAGAGUCACUUAAGCACACCAAAAUGUCAAACAA